UCACCCACGCCUCGCGAAAACCGCGCCUCUCUCUCUACCCAAUCCCGCCAUUUUCAUUCUCUGCAAUCGCCGUUCGCUCGGUUCCCAUCCGAGAGCCUCGCCGACCGCCGACGAUGCCGUGAGCUUACGCCGUUCGGCGAUCGUCGGACCUUGGCGCUUCGCGAUGGGGAAGAGGGACGCGGUCGUCGUUUUGUCGUCGGACGACGGAGGCGACGAAGGCGAAGGCGAAGGCGAAGGCGAAGGAGCGCUGAGCUCGAGUCGGAGCCGCUCGAAGCCGGCGGCGAAGCCGCACGUUGCUCGGUCGGAGCCGAGGAGAGCGAAGAAGCCUCGGGUUUCGGGCUCCCGAUCCCGAUCGUCGUCGUCCAGGCAGUCCUCCAUCGUAGACGAGUUUCAGUUUUUAGAGGAAGACUUCAAUGAAGUAUUCACUGGUGCCAAGGUAACAACGGGUUUUGGUAGGAGCACUGCCAAGGAGUCAUGGGUUGAUAAGUAUAAACCAUGUACUUUUGAAGAGCUUGCAGUACACAAGAAAAAGGUUGAAGAAGUGAAAUCAUGGUUUGAGGAACGAUUGAUUACUUCAAAGGAUAACCUCGGUGAUCAUGUUCUUGUUAUUACUGGGCCAGCUGGUGUAGGAAAAUCUGCUACUAUUUAUGUUGUUGCAUCUCACCUAGGAGCCACAUUGUGUGAGUGGAACACGCCUACUCCAACAGUCUGGAAGGAAUAUGUCCAUAACAGUAACACAGGGCAGUAUGUAUCUAAGUUGGAUGAGUUUGAAGCUUUUGUUGAGAGAACAAGAAAGUAUGGACUGAUUUCUCAAUCAUCUGCUGGAGAGUCAAAAUCAUCAGCAAUACUCCUCAUUGAUGAUCUACCCAUGACGCAUGGGAAUGUUGCAUGUAGAAGACUGCAGAACUGUCUACAUCUUCUUGUGCAAUCUACUCAUAUACCAACAGCUAUUCUAAUAACUGAUUAUGGUCGAGUGGAUUCGGCUGACAGGGAAGCACGAUUCUUAGAGGAACUCCAUUUGUCCCUUGAAAGUGCUGGAGCUCGUAAAAUUGCAUUUAAUCCUAUCACCAGUAAUGCCAUUAAGAGGAUACUUUCCAAAAUAUGUAGACAGGAGAAGCGCAAUGUGGCUUCCGAACAGAUUGAUUUAAUAGCGAAGGCAAGUGGAGGCGACAUCCGACAUGCAAUCACAGCCUUACAAUUUUUUUGUCUUAAGGUGGACUGGCCAUCCUUUUCUUCGUCCAGUCCAACUACAGUAUACGAUCUUAAUUUUGGCAGAGAUGAGACAAUCUCUCUCUUCCAUGCCCUGGGAAAGUUUCUCCAUAACAAAAGAGAGAGUGUUUCUCCAUCAGCUUUUUGUUGUUUUGUAGGGAAAGAUCCACACCUCAUGCAAGAGAAAUUUAUGAGAUUACCCUUUAAGAUGGAUGCUCCAGAGAAGGUCCUUUCUCAGGCACAUGGGCAAGCAAGACCAAUUGCUGAUUUUCUGCAUGAAAAUGUUCUAGACUUUCUUGAUGAGGAGGCUGUUGAUGAUGCCUCUGCUGUGCUUUCUUAUUUGGGUGAUGCUGAUGUGCUCUUGCACAGUUUUCAUGGAGCAGUAGCUAGAAAUUAUGAGGCAGAGGGUGUUGUACAGUCAGCUGCUGCUUCAAUUGCUGUUCGAGGGGUGCUUUUUGGAAACUCUCAUCCAUUGCCCCCCAGGUGGCAUUCCAUUCGUAAGCCGAAACUCUGGCAGAGUGAGAAAUUCUCUUUGCACAACAAGGAUGAGAUGUUAAGACAGAGAUUCAUGGUUUAUAAUGGAGUUAGCUCAAUUGAUACGUCAGUAAUAGCUACUGAGUACAUGCCUGCGUGUAAAUGGCUUCAGCAUAGACUCCAAGCUCAUGAAGUGAUGAUGCUGAGCACUGAGAUUGAAGAUGGGAUCAGUUUAGAUGACCGAGAAGUCAAGACAUCUGAUGAUGAAAUUGAGGAGUGGUGAGUUGGAGUCUAGUCUGUUCAUGAUAAUGUGCAAGAGCUCCGUGGUUUGCUUCCCCUAGUAUGUACAGUAUCCUCAUUAUGGGUCUGUAUGUGUAUUCCUGCUUGCAUUAGACAAUCCAACCUGGAAUUACAACGACCCGGAAUCACAACGACCCAAUUGGAAGAGCAGAGCUCUACCAACUGAGCUAUGUCGCCUUGCCAAACAGAGUUCCUUGUAUAGCAUUAGGUUGAGUAAAAUUUUGGAGUUUUCCUUUGUGUAUUUCGUCCUUUACUUCUUCAAGGAAAGUUAGAUUGUAUGCAGAGCAAAACGAAAAGGGAAAAUCAAAUCGUAGGUCUUUCUUGAUCUUGACAAGUUAUGAGCGAACUAAAAUCCUUUCUUGA